AAGAACUAAGAUCUCAGAUUUUAUUUUUCAAUGUAUUAGCUUUUUCAUGAUGAAGAACGGAAUUGUGUUCUUUAUAGUUAUUGUUACCUUCGGGUUUGCAAUUUGCUUUGCAGAAAACGUUAAAAAAAGCAUAGAUGAUAAUCGAGAGGAUAAUGGCGACACUGAAGAACCCUAUAGCAUGGACAUCUCCGCAGAAAAUGAAUCCAACAACAUUACGUGCGCAAGACGGCAAAAUAGCUUAAUGCAUGAAAUUAUAAAGGCAAGUUCUAAGCAAUUUCCUUUCAUGGCUGCUAUUAUGUCUCAUCAGAACGAAUAUCUAUGUUCCGGAUCCGUGGUAUCUAACGGCCUGAUUCUUACAACUGCACAAUGUACACAACAAUCUAUUAGUUAUGUGUUAUUAAAUACAACGAAGGCUAAAAAAGAUGACGCUUCGACUAUGAUCCGCGUGAUAAAAUCUGAUAAAUUUCCUUCAUAUACUGGAUCAGACUCUUUAAAAAAUGUCGGGUUGAUUUAUACAGAAAAAUUUAAUAGUACUGUUGCUUCUAAAAUUAAAUUGAGCAACUACACUAGCGUCCGUAACAUACUUGAUAUAAAUGCUUUGGGAUUUGGAUUGAAUUCUGAUGAUGGCCAAUUGAAAGAAUUGCAAUACGUUGGCUUAGAGCAUCGAUCUUUGUAUGACAAUCAAGAUAUAUUGAAGGGAUAUUUUGACUGUGUUGAAACAAAGGUAAUAACUUGUUUUAAAGAUACUGGCGGGCCAGUGAUUUACGACAAUGAACUGGUAGGUAUUAUUACUAAGGGGCAAGAUUCGUGUACAAAAGAGAUGUCUUCUGUUUAUGCAGUUAAUAAAUUUAUGGUGGAAGCUUUACCAACUUACACUUUUAAGGCCUGGAUAGAUGAAAAAAUUAAGAAAAACGAAGAGCAAGACGAGACCGCUCUUAUAGUUUAUCCCUCGAAGCCCGUUCUACGUAAACAAGUUCAUAAAAUGACAAGUGCUGGUAAUAACAUUAUUAUUAUGCCGUUAAUUGUUCUUGUUACGUUUUUCGUGUCUACAAUAUUCUGAACUA